UGAAACCCUAAAGACCGUCCGACUGAGAACAGAGUAAGAAUUGAUGCCAAGAUGCUGGAAACAUCGUGCUAAAUGAAUCGGAUGGGGAGUCUGCGAUGCUUGGGGACAAAAUUAAUUGAAAGUUUUCACCAAAAAUCAACGUAGAAUAACGUAGGAUUGAUCAAGAUGACAGCAGACGACGAGAUUUGAAAGACGGGCAGGGAGGCUGGGGAUUUGUCAGGAUGGGUUAUAGGAGGACAGCUUUGUCAUUGCUGAGGCAGGUGCAGCAAUUUGUUCGUCCCGCAUCGAGAGCUGGAUCGGAUGGACAAUUGUCGGGAGCGAGGAAUUUCUCUGCAGCAGGUUUCGAUGCUGGAAUUGGAUGUGUACGUAGCUUCUCGGUCGGUGGGACUGGAUCUCGCUUGACUGCAUUACGCGAUUUUCAGCUUCGAUAUGGCAUAUCGACUACCGCCUACCGAGCCGAUGCCGAAGAGCCGGUUCGAUCUCCUCUUUCACAAGCACCGGGACCUCUGUUGGGGCCUACAGGAAGGAAACUUGGAAUUUCCGAAGACAAGACCGCCCAAGCAGUUUUGACUGGAAUUAGAAUGAGUCCGCAAAAACUGAAUAUGAUGGCGGAGAUGGUUCGAGGUAUGCGCUUGGAAGAUGCUCUCAAUCAGUUGGCUGUUUCACUCAAGCGUGCUGCAAAAACAGUGGCUAAAGUAACGCUUUCAGCGCAGGCUAACGCUGUCCACAACUAUGGGUUGAACAAGGAUCGUCUCGUUGUCGCCGAAGCAUUUGUCGGCAAAGAUAAAUUUCUGAAGCGUCACAUGCCCCAUGGAAAAGGGAAAUCUGGGAAGAUGGAGCACGCGAGGUCAAGAUUAACUGUCAUUGUGAAAGAAAUGUCUGAAGAAACAGAAGCCGAUCUAGCUCGGUUAAGGGUAUUCAGAAAGGCUGGGACAAGGAUGUCACGAAGUGAAGCUAGACUAGUCCCUCAUCGCUUGUUAGAAACCCAAUGGAAACGUCAACGCACGCCUUCGGUACCACCUCCAGCUACUCCUGAAGUAGCUUCUGCUUGACAGUCCCACAAGUGAUGGCGCUUGUCAAUUGCUGUAGAUCGCAUUGAUGGAUACCGCAGCUCGACUUACAACUGGGAGUCGUAAGUUACCCGCUUUCACAUUGUUGUGUAGAUCCUCCUCAAGUCACGUGUGUGCCCUUGGCUCUCUUUCAGCUAAAUUCAGAUAAUUUCAUAAUCUCAGUUGGGUCAUACAGACUAGUAUAUCAACAGCUUGUCAGGGCUGUUUACAAUUUUGUCAUGGCCUCCACGGCUGAUAGCAUUCAUUCUUUGCAGAAAAGGAGGUGGUUAUGGAUCUUGUUGUUUUUCUCCGGGGUUUUCCUAUCUUUUAUUUCCGUAGGAAUAUAUGAAGGAGAGAAGCUUUCUUCCGAGGUCGAAAUCAAAAUCACCCAGUUGCCUGUUUCUGCUGAAGCAAUGUGCACGGAUGCUGGUUUUCCCCCUUGGUAGAUGUCAAAAGUCGCACAACGCUGUGAAUCGUGCUUUGCACACUUUUCAGUUAAUGAUUGCCAACCUUAAGAAAAAGUAUGGCUUCCAUCAUAUACUUCACAUCCGACUUCCAAUUUCAUGAAGAAAACCUGCAAGAUUUUAUUGUAGCAUUGUUUGCGUAUACGCUGUAUAUUGUCAG